AUGGUGCAUUAUUUCGAUGUAAUCAGUUGCGGAAUCAAGCAAAUGCAUGCACAAUUCUCUCUUCUCUUUGGACUCCAUAAUGCCAUGGUUCUUUUGAGUAAGUUGUCUUCAUAAAUAAAACUGAACACUGUUAAAGACAACCCAGAAAAGACACUCAGGAAAAACUUGACAGCGAUGCCUUUCAGUUAUAUAAACGAUUCCUCUGUCGAUUUAAACGAAGUCUGUCUCCAUAUAACUUACCUUUUUCUUAAGAGACUAGUUUUUGUCAGUGACAUUUUUCUCCUUGCUUUGCUGUCUCAUGAAAAUUUGCAUUCAUUGCCGGAAGUGGUAUCAAGAGUCUUUUCACCAGAAUCGACUCCUCUAGUGAUACAGCAGUCUCCUCCACUCAACUAAUUUAUUCAUUUAUGUCUUGUUUUAUCUGUUUAUUUAUUUUAUUGUUAUUGCCAAUAUAUAUUUUUUCAAAUCAAUUGCUUGGAACCUUCUGUCGUGGAUUCCGUAUUCCGUUUCCGUGAUUCCAUUUCCGUUUCCACUUUUCCAUGUUUUACUGCUGCCUGAUGAACAAUUGCCAAAAGCUUUUGAGGUCAUCAUGUGAAUGUCUACUAUGUAAUGGCAUUACCACAAAUAUGUGACCCUUGCAUAGCCAAAAAUAGAAGCAAAUCAGAAAUUUUGUACCUCUGCCUAAACAUACCCAAAAACUGAGUCAGAAGAAUCACAAAACAUGAUACCGCCUGCGAGCAAGCUCUCCCGGGCACUCUGGUGGCAGGGCGGGAAAAUGAGCGUCCCACACGAGCUUGCUCCAGGCUUAACAUAAUACUACUGUCACAGCACAGAUUACAAAUGAUAAUUCAGGUAUCAUUGUUUGAACAGAGAGGGGGGGGGGCAGGCAUUUGUGCAGCAUUUGAACACUUCCUUUCUCCCCUCUAUAGAGAUUUUGACCAUUAAUUAUUUUGCCCCAGCUGUGGUUUUUUAUCUCCAAAAAGGGAUAUUUUACCAAAUUUGAACUAUUUUCCAGCCCCGAGGGUUGGGAAUUUGACCGAGAAAUUGCAAAAAAAUUCAAAUGCCCCACCUAGGACGUUGAAAAUGAAAGUAAGUUAGCAACAAUAAACCAAUUUACACAGGUCUACAGCAUCUCUGAAUGAUUCUUGGCAAGCUUAAGCAAAGGUUUUUUUUUGAGUGACUGAUAGCAGCUGGAAUUGUACUUUUUGCAUUCUUGGCCAGUGGUUUUGCCCAAAUUUUCAAACAAAUCAUCUCUAAAUUAAAAGAGUAAAGGCACUUAGCAAUACAAAUUAUUUUGUUAGCCUCAAGGCAUAUUGAAAAGGAAAAGGUCACACUUCCGGUUAUUGUGCAUUCACACAAAAACAGACAGCUGAUGUUCUCUAUUCUAAUUUGUACACAGAUAGCAACUUAUCACAAACUCAAACUUGCAAGGGAAAAAGAAAGAUUUUUAGUUUGACGUCCAUAGUCAAGUAUCAAAUUAGCUGGAGGCAGCAGGCAGCUCAUGUCUUAAGUACUCUGUUUUUUACUCACUACUUUUUCACCAGGUUAUUGUUUGAAACAAAAUGUUAGUCAUGUCUGAAUUUAUAGCACAAACCUGCAGACACACUCUAACUGACUCAUGCGGAAAUAGGUGUCCAUGUUCAAGAACACGGUGUUUGGCCAGCAUAUUCUACGUAAUAAUUUGCACCAAUCAUAAAUAAUUCUGUCAAUUACUAUUAUGCAAGAACAACUCUGUGGAUAAAUAACAACGAAGCAAAGUGGGAAGGUGUCUUUACUUGCUAACUAAUGGUCUAGUUAGCGAGUGAAACGGCAGGGCAGACAUAUCCCCAUUUUAGCAGAAGAAAUAACCAACCAUUUUGAUAUGUCAGCAGGCAAAGGUAAGACUAGAGUAAGUCUAGAGAUAAACUUAGAAUAGGAAUGAACUAAAAGAAUAGAAACAGACAAAAUCCACGACUAAAUGUACAGUCACUGUGUAACUCUAAAACCACAUCAAGUUUUGUUCUAAAACUUAGCCCAUUAAAACAACAGAAUGGCAAGAAGGUUUGCUAACUAAAUACCGAAGAAAUAUAACUUUAUCCCACUACUGACCACAAACGUAUUUUCGCAUUACACUGCAUAAAAGCUAGUCGACUUAACCUUAGAUCGACUACAUGUUAAGCUUAUUAAAUGUCAGCAUACAUCGACUAAAGCUUCCACUACAGAUUUUCGACAUCCACACCUACAAUUGAUGACACUAGAUAAACCUCUUACACUGGAUCAGAGCUUCGUAAAACGCAAAAAUGGAUGAACGCAUGAAAAAAACUGGGGAGAUAAAUAAUUCGUGGGGAAUACCGAAAUAAGCUCAACUUUUUUCACAAGAUGGCGAACCAUUUAUGCAGUCACGUCCUGCAUGCAGAGUAGAUAUAUUGAUAAUAGAUAUACCAUUUUCAUUCGUAAAACGCAAAAAAGGGUGAACGCAUAAAAAAAAAAAAAAAAAAAAACUGGGGAGAUAAAUAAUUCGUGGGGAAAACAAGCUUCACUUUUUUCACAAGAUGGCGAACCAUGCACGCAGUCUUGCAUAUAUGCUGAGUAGAUAUAUUGAACUAGAAAGCGUCAACGUCACAAUUUUCUUUGUAUCGUCUCCCGAAAUUGUAAUUCAACUAAACAAGUGGUAAUAAAUGCUUGUUAGGUUCGGUUUAUCGUUAGUUCUUCUUUUUUUCUGUGGCCUAGCUAAAAUAAAAAGCUCUCAAAGCCCUUGCGUGGGCGGAUGAUGCUUUGGUACGUGCAAGUAGCCUCUUCGUUAAUAAUUCUACUAUCCCCCCUGCAGAACAGAAAAGCUUAAGCUUUUAUUUUUUCCUAAAUCAAAAUUUGUAGAAAUUCAGUUACAAAACCCACAGACAAUACUAUAGCUACUAUAGCAAGCUCAUUUAUACUUGCUUAUAUUUUUGCUGAUGAGCCACUCAAAAUGUUGUCCCCCACCGCGAGCCUUGUUUCACAAUUUUCACUGCGUACGCUUAAACUUAAAAGUGUACGUAUUAUUGCCAAUGCAAGGAAUCUGUGGUACCAAAAUUUACUUCAGUGAUUUUAACAUAUUACUAUAGGUAUAUACCUACACUUUGCCGCUACACUGACCGCACCUUUCUUCGACCGGUAUUCUUUUGAUGCAUCUGUUUCCAAUCUAAUACAUCUUUUCAUGAAUUUAUUCUUACUCACAGUGCGCAUCUAUCCACAGAAUCUUGGGAUGGAAAUAUGGAAUGGAACCACGGACUUCCGUUCCGCUGGACGGCUUUAUAAUUAUCGAGGACCAGCAAGAGUUAAUCUUUCUUUGCUCUGA